UUUAAGUCAUAGAAAUCUCAAAAUUACAAGCACCUGUCAUAUGUCACGCUUUCCUGCCUGGUAAAAGUUCACAGCCUCACCAAUGACUUACCCAAGGUUUCAUAGCUAGGAAAUGUCAACACCUUUCUCCAAACCUCAUAAAUGCCAAAGCUAUUGUUACAUUUGCCAGACCCCAGCAUGCUUAAUAGGUUCACUGCUUUGAAAAGAAAACUUUAUCUUCUCGGGAGCCUAAACUCGAUGUAGGUAUACUAUGACUUGCCUAUGUUUAAUACCUUCUAUUCAGGUAAAAUAAACUAGGCUGGUAAUUUCCUUUUGUCUCAUAAGGAAGAAACCUGUGCUUAAUCUCUUCUGUGAAAAGCUUAAUGUAAGUAACAGUUCUUACUUAUGCAACAGACAGAAAAAAUACUUGUCACCUCAAGUCACCUCCCUAUUGGUGAGAAGGGAAGCAGUAAUUAACCAUCAAGUAAGGCAGUGCCACUCGGGUGUGGCAUGCUUUGAGAGCCUCUCAGGUCCAACACUGACUUUGGAUGAGCUCACAGGAAAGGUGGAGAAACCAAAGCUUUCCCUAUAAAUAUGAUCCCUCUGCGGGUACAUGGUGCAUUCAGCUUCAAGCCAAUCUCAGAUCACUAGCGUCCUCAUCACAGCCCUCUCCACCAUGAAGGUCCUUGGGGGUCUCCUUCUGCUCCUCACAGCAAGCUGUCUCUGCAACAGCUCGGAAGUGACCACAGUCACCAGUCACCCUUUAGCAACAUAUAGCAUCUAUCUCAGAAACUGGCAUUUAAGAACUCAUAAAGACCAGUGGUCCUCAAACAGCAGUCUGCGGAGUUCUGGUAGAUCCUAUAAUCACAGCAGCAGCAGCAGCAGAAGAAGAAAUAGAAAGUGGCCCAACCAGCCACCCUGCUCUUUUGCUGUGUUUCAGAAAUGCUUCUCUUCACCACCGUCUAGCUGUGUGAAUUUGAACAAGUUUCUAAUCUCUUUGGCUCAAUUUCCUCCAUCUUCAGUUACAUUUGGAUUUCAUUUGACCAUUUCAUAAGAUUUGGAUAAGUUUUAAACAAGCUUAUGAAUGCUAAGUGUGUAGACGAUUCAUGAACAUCGUAAGAAUCCAGUAAGUCCCAUUAUGAGUGUUGGCAAUACAAGACACAGAGGACUACAGUCCACACACACAAGUCAGCAAUCACUUUCCUGUGACUCCUGCCAGAUACUGAUGUGGCUUCUUUUUGGGUCCUGAAACUAAGCAGGUUCUCACUACCCGAAGCAGUAAGAAGCUCUCUUAUUUUUAUCAAGAUCAGUCUACAUUAUUUACCCUUGAGAUCACAAAGGAAAACUAACUGAUAUACUUCUUAAUGUUUCUAAGAUAUUUCUUG